GGCGCUGCCCAUGAUCCCAAGUUGGUGAUUAUUUUUAAGGGGUAGAAACGUGGUUUGGUGAUCUCUCCAGGCAAGGGAUCUGAGAUGGGGCUUACUGGCUGUCUGACAGCCUUCCAGAGAAGGAUCUGGGUGACAUCUGUGGGGUCCAAGAAGCAGCUCCUUCAGCGACCUAAAAGCAAGGACUUCGAUGGCGUGCCCGGACUCUGCACAAGAGGGCUUUAUGGGGGAUCUCUGAGAAGGGGACGGGUCUCCCCCGGGGUGCCAUGGCUGAAUCCUUCCCUCCACGGUGCCCCCCGGUCCUUCCUUGGCUUUCCCCUCGGGCUCUUCUUUGAAGGGCGGCACCGCGGCUUCGCGAAAGCUGCCAAGCCAAAGAGCGUCCGGCAUGCCAAAGCCACCGACGAGGCUGCCCCCAUUUUCAAAUAUGUGGGAGACCGAGCCAAAAGGAAAGAACGGGUCUUUGUGUGCGGCUUCACCUACUCGGGGGCUCUGGGCAUCCCUUCCUUUAUCAUCCCAGAUGCAGGGAAAAAGCGAAGGCGGAUCCAGCCCACGCCUUACCGCCUAGAGGUGAUGGAGAAGAUUUCUUCUGCUGCUUGUGGCUAUGGGUUCACACUUCUGUCCUCCAAAACAAUGGAUAUUAACAAGGUCUGGGGAAUGGGGCUGAAUAAAGAUUCUCAGAUUGGAUUUCACAGGAGCAGGAAAAAUAAAUCUAAAGGCUAUGAAUAUGUCUUGGAGCCCAGCCCUGUUCCCUUGCCACUGGCCAAGCCACAGCAGAGCAGAGUUUUGCAAGUAUCUUGUGGGAGAGCACAUUCUUUGGUGUUAACAGAAGAAGGAGUCUUUAGCAUGGGCAACAACGCUUAUGGCCAAUGUGGCCGAAAAGUGAUUGAAGGUGAAAUAUACAGUGAGAGCCAGAUCAUUAACAAACUGCAAGGAUUUGAAGACAGAGUGGUCCAAGUUGCCUGUGGGCAGGAUCAUAGCCUCUUCCGGACUGAAAAAGGAGAUGUUUAUUCUUGUGGUUGGGGAGCGGAUGGCCAGACAGGCCUAGGCCACUACGACAUAGCGAGUGUUCCCACAAAACUGGGCGGGGACAUUGGAGGCGUCCGCAUUACACAGGUCGCAACCUAUGGAGAUUCUUGCCUGGCUGUAUCAGAGACUGGCGAGCUCUUUGGAUGGGGAAAUUCAGAAUAUCUUCAGCUGACCUCUGUUACUGAGACGACCCAGGUCAAUGUGCCCAGGCAUUUGCGCUUCAAUGUUGGAAAAGUGAAGGAAGCUUCCUGUGGUGGAACUGGCAAUGCCAUCUUAACUGAGGAAGGCCAUGUUUUUGUGUGGGGUUAUGGGAUCCUUGGGAAAGGACCAAAUCUUAUGGAAACAGCCAUUCCUGAGAUGAUCCCACCUUCCCUGUUUGGCUUGUCAGACUUCAACCCUAAUAUUUGCGUGGACCGGAUCCGUUGUGGAUUAAACCAGUUUGCGGCGAUCACUAACCACGGAGAACUCUUUAUAUGGGGCAAAAAUGUGCGAGGAUGCUUGGGAAUUGGCAGGAUGGAAGACCAGUACUUCCCCUGGAGGGUAAGAAAUGACCUUGUUAUGGUUUGUCACAUAGUCAGCCAGAUGUUUAGACUGGACUUGGCAUUUUUGCCUACCUAUUAAGUGCAUCCCGCUCUCUGGGAUAGGCAGAUGUUCUGGGAUGUCAGCUGUUCCAAGUAUAGCUGCCUUUUGCAAUUGACUGAGGGUGAGUUUGUCAAUGCCAGUGGGUUUUGUCAGUGCUGAAGGUUUUUGUCAGCUAUCGUUAUUUAAAUGCAUAUUCUACCCAGCUGCCAGCACCUCUGGGCAGUUUACAAAUGAUUUAAAAUUUGAAAAAACAGCCCAUAGAAACCAAGAAACAAAAGAAGGAUAGAAAUUGUAGAAAAACAGACCAGGUAGAAACAAAAUAAUCUAGGCUAAAAGGAAGCUUCACUCAUCCUCACUGAAGACUUGGAUGAAGAGCUUAAUCUUCAGGUCCCUUCAUAAUCCCAACAGGGUGGGGUGGGGCAUUCAUUCAGAUCUUGGGGGCAGCCUCAUUCCAGAUACUCUUUUGAAGAGUAUUUGUUUUUAAAAAGGAUCUCGCUGCAACUGUAGGAUUGGCCAGCAGUAGCAGCAGCAACCUAAAUAGAAAUGUCAAAUCAGCAGAUAUCUGUAUUCCAGCAUCCCGAGCUCCAGAAGAUAAAUUGGAAUGCUCCUGCAUUAUUAAUUGUAGCUUGCCUACCAACCCAGAAUAUACUAUUUUUUUUGCUAAUGUGCUUUUUGCUAUUUGAUUCUGGUCCUUAUUAGAAGUUUUAUUGGUUUGAAGCAACUACAAAGCUCUACCAAGCUGGAAAAUUUUUGAAACUUGCUUUCUUCAAGGUCAACCCUGUUUUCUGGGCUCAGUGUUCAACAUAGGAAACCUUUCCAGAGCUACAUCCUAGUCCUAUUAGUUGAGAGAGUGAGUAUGGGGGAAUGGAAGUCCAAAAUGCUCCAACUGGUUUAAGAGUCUUAGCAUAUAUAGUAGCAAUAUGCAUAUUUUAAAAAUAUUUCAGAAGUGAUUUGGACCUCAUGGAAACAGCACUUCUUAGCUCCUUCUAAAGCAGCCCAGUCUUUUGCAGCCUUAUUCACUAGCUUGAAAAAAAUAAAUCGUUGCUGCUGCUGGUUUACAGAAUCCACUUCUUAAAAUUAAGACGGGUGGUUGUCUGGUGCAAAUUUCAAAGCAAUUUUCUUAGUUGUUUCCGAAGCAUGCACAGCCCUAAUAUGAGCUGUGGUGACGCAGUGGUUAGAAUGCAGUACUGCAGGCUACUUCUAUUGACUGCCAGCUGCCAGCAAU